CUUCCUCUCUGUCUCUGUUUCUCUCAGACUGAAGAGCACAAGACGGAACAGGAUGCAGGCUAUCAAAUGUGUUGUCGUGGGAGAUGGAGCUGUGGGGAAAACAUGUCUUCUCAUCAGCUACACAACCAAUGCCUUCCCCGGGGAAUACAUUCCUACUGUAUUUGACAACUACUCAGCUAAUGUGAUGGUGGACAGCAAGCCAGUCAACCUGGGCCUCUGGGAUACAGCUGGACAGGAAGACUACGACAGGCUUCGCCCACUGUCCUACCCACAGACGGAUGUUUUUCUGAUCUGUUUCUCCCUUGUGAGUCCAGCAUCAUAUGAGAACGUCAGAGCUAAGUGGUACCCAGAGGUUCGCCACCAUUGCCCCUCAACCCCAAUCAUCCUGGUGGGCACCAAGCUGGAUCUGAGGGACGAGAAGGAUACCAUUGAGAAACUGAAGGAGAAGAAGUUGUCUCCAAUCACCUACCCUCAAGGCCUGGCUCUGGCUAAGGAGAUAGACUCAGUGAAAUACCUGGAGUGCUCAGCUUUGACCCAGCGUGGCUUGAAGACUGUGUUUGAUGAGGCCAUCCGCGCAGUACUGUGCCCCCAGCCUACCAAAGUCAAGAAGAAGCCCUGCUCACUGCUGUAAAUAAUUCCCACAGGACCAAAGAGAAAGAGCGACUGUUGACCCUGGGUUCAAAGAAGAUUUUAAAAUCAUGUAAUGUUUCAGCAAUGCAUUCACCAUAGUAGCGGGAAAAAAAAUACCAGUUUAGUUUUCCACUGAUAACAAAAUUGUAGCAAACCUAUGUACACAACACACAACACACUCUGAGAUAGAUAGAUUUUUAUAAAGGCGUUAAUUAAGGCUGCUCAAUUAAUCGAAAUUUGAUCGUGAUUACGAUUUAGGGGCCAAACGAUCCCAAAACUAAUAAAAUCAGGGGGGGGGGAAUGAUUUUUAAUAAUAAUGAGAUAGCGCUCAAUAACAAAGGUUUUAUUUUGAAAAGCUUAGACCGGAAGCCACUUCAGCAUAGCUGAAACACACAGCGAAAUGUUUUAACUGUAAAUAAAAGUGCAGAGUUUACAGCCUGCGUCAGACGAUGCUGAGUUUACUGACUAAUUAUUAAAAACCAGGAAGUGAUGUGUGAACUAUCGUCAUGGUAACCAGCUCAGCUCUAAUAUCUCUGCACAUUUUCUGCUGUGUGUUGCGUUAAGCGGCAGAUAAAAGGCUGCUGAUGGGAGAGAAAAUGAAUAAAGCCGAAUGGACAAUGAAUGCAGCAUGUUUCUAAAGUUAAAAAAAAAUCUUUUUAAUAAUCGUGAUUUCAAUUUUGACCCAAAAUAAUCGUAAUUAUUUUUUUUUCCAUAAUUGAGCAGCCCUAACGUUUAUAGAAGUGAAGGAGCUUUAGGCAAGUUCCGGUUUUUCUGUGGAAAUAAGAAAAUAAAGAUAAUAAAUAUAUAUGCAGCGGACUGUUCAGCUUAACUCAUAAUAUUGUAUAGUCAACCUGUUUGAUCCGGAGCAGGAUGCUGGCAUUAUGCUAUGUGUCAAAAAACUUAACAAUGUAUGGAGCUGUAUGGGAGUUGUACCUAUUAUUGACUGCAAUAAUACAAACAUGUCUUAUCAUAUAUCAUAUAAGAGGAAUGAACAAUGGCAAUGCGUACAUCAUAAUACAUAAACAGGAUUUGUUAUGUUUAGUAUGUUUGCAUGUGCAGCAGGAAGAUGAACAAUGUUUGAAUGACUUUUAUAAAUGUAUUAUUUGUGGUUAUAUGGAAAUAAAAAG